AUGGCAGCCCUGGCAGCUGGAGUAUCCAAGAAGCGGGCAGCAGACAAAGGUUUUGGCUCCAACCAGAAAGCUGUGAAGUACUUGGGCCAGGACUUUGAGACCCUGAGGCGACAGUGCUUGGACUCAGGGGUCCUGUUUAAAGACCCAGAAUUUCCAGCAUGCCCAUCAGCUUUGGGCUAUAGGGACCUUGGACCAGGCUCCCCGCAUACUCAAGGCAUCAUCUGGAAACGGCCCACGGAACUGUUUCCCAGCCCUCAGUUUAUCAUUGGUGGAGCUACUCGAACAGACAUUUGUCAAGGUGGUCUAGGUGACUGCUGGCUCCUGGCAGCCAUUGCCUCUCUCACCUUGAAUGAAGACCUGCUAUACCGAGUGGUUCCUAAGGACCAGAGCUUCCAGAAGAACUAUGCAGGGAUCUUUCAUUUCCAGUUCUGGCAGUACGGCGAGUGGGUGGAGGUGGUGGUGGAUGACCGGCUGCCCACCAAGGAUGGGGAGCUGCUUUUCCUGCACUCUGAAGAAGGCAGUGAGUUCUGGAGUGCCCUGCUGGAGAAAGCCUACGCCAAGCUCAACGGUUCUUACGAGGCUCUUGCUGGAGGGUCGACGGUGGAAGGCUUUGAGGAUUUCACGGGUGGCAUCUCUGAGUUUUAUGACCUCAGGAAGCCACCAGACAAUCUGUAUCAGAUCAUCCGGAAGGCCCUCCGUGCGAGGUCUCUGCUGGGCUGCUCCAUUGACGUCUCCAGUGCAGCUGAAACAGAAGCGGUCACCAGCCGGAAGCUGGUUAAGAGUCAUGCCUACUCUGUCACCGGGGCUGAAGAGGUGGAUUUCCAGGGCCGUCCAGAGAAGCUGAUCAGACUCAGGAAUCCGUGGGGCAAAGUGGAGUGGACAGGAGCCUGGAGUGAUGAUGCACCGGAGUGGAACUACAUAGACCCCAGGCGGAAGGAAGAACUGGACAAGAACGCUGAAGAUGGGGAGUUUUGGAUGUCUUUUUCAGAUUUCUUGAAGCAAUUCUCUCGAUUGGAGAUCUGCAACCUGUCUCCGGAUUCGCUGACCAGUGAAGAAGUGCACAAGUGGAACCUGACUCUAUUCAACGGCCGCUGGACGCGGGGUUCCACCGCCGGGGGCUGCCAGAACUACCCAGCCACCUACUGGACCAAUCCCCAGUUCAAAAUCCGUUUGGAUGAAGUGGACGACAGUCAUGAGGAGAGCACCAGGGAACACUGCUGCACGGUGCUGCUCGGCCUGAUGCAGAAAAAUCGCAGGCGGCAGAAGCGGAUAGGACAGGAUAUGCUGACCAUCGGCUAUGCGGUCUACCAGGUUCCCAAAGAGCUGGAGAACCACACGGAUACACACUUAGGCCGGGAUUUUUUCCUGGGCCACAAGCCCUUAGCCCGCUCCAGCACCUACAUCAACCUGCGUGAAGUCUCCAGCCGGGUCUGUCUGCCCCCAGGGGAGUACUUGGUGGUCCCGUCCACCUUUGAGCCCUUCAAGGAUGGAGAGUUCUGCUUGAGGGUGUUCUCAGAGAAGAAGGCCACCACCCUGGAAAUUGGAGAUGUUGUAGCUGGAAACCCACAUGAGCUGCAGCCCAGUGAUGUGGAGCAAGAAGAUGUCCAGUUCAAGAACCUGUUUGAGAAGUUGGCAGGGGAGGACUUGGAGAUCAAUGCCAGUGAGCUCAAGACCAUUCUCAAUGGGGUGUUUUUCAAACGAGCAGACAUAAAAUUCAGUGGAUUCAACAUCAACACUUGCAGGGAAAUGAUCAGCCUUUUGGAUAGCAAUGGGACAGGUACCUUGGGACUGAUGGAGUUCAAGACACUCUGGUUGAAGAUUAAAAGAUAUCUGGAGAUUUAUCAGGAGACUGAUUAUAACCACUGUGGGACUAUGGAUGCCCACGAGAUGAGGACAGCUCUUAAGAAGGCAGGCUUCACCCUCAACAACCAAGUGCAGCAGACCAUCGCCAUGCGGUAUGCAAGCAGCAAACUCAGCAUUGACUUUGAAGCCUUCAUUGCUUGUGUGAUCCGACUGGAAAGCCUCUUCAAAAUGUUCAAGCUUCUAGACAAGGACCAGAAUGGCAUUGUCCAGCUAUCUCUGGCAGAGUGGCUGUGCUGUGUUUUGGUCUGA